AUGUGUUUCUGCAACGAGACGGUGAAAUGCCUUCUGAUUAUCCCAAACGCAGAAUCAGCAUUAAAUGAAGAAGCUGGUCGUCUCCUUCUCGAAAAUUACGAUGACUAUGCCAAACACGCUCGUUUAAUGACCAAAAUCCACGCUUCCGCCAAACCAUUCGAUUCUCCCUCAAAAGAUGGACUGAUCAAGAGUGAGGAUAAGAAGGACGAAGCCAUUGAUACAAAGGGAGAAAGGAAAACUGAUGUAAAAGACGGAAAGUCGGAUCAGAGUGAACACGAACCAAUGACAAAUGUACAUUCGGCUGCUACAUCACCGCUAGGAGUGUCAAAUAGUAUCAAUGAGGGAAUUAGCUUGAAAAAGAAUACCGGUAUAUUUACUUAUGUUUAUACGAAGGACGAGACUAAGAUCUCCAUUUGCAAGGGUAACGUAUAA